CCCCGGGCCUUAACUUUGACACGUGUUCUAAUUUGAUUAGUAUUUCUUUAAUUUUUAGCUUGCCUGUCAAUUUUUUAUUUACCAGCACAGUAGAAAAUGCCACAGGUACACGUUAAAAACACCAAAAACAUGAUUUUCAUUGGAGUGGAUUUUCAAUGAAACAAAGCUAAACAAAAGAAAUAAGCUAAAGAGGAGCCAAAAUAGGACAAAUCAUAAACUCAAAGUUGCUAAUAUAUUAUAGUCUGCCAAUGUUUGUCACUCUUAAUCUGUCGAAUUAAUUUAUUUUGAAACCCUAUUAUUCUCAAACAAACAUUCAGGGUUUAACUUUAGAUUUAUUUUUAAUAAUCAGAUUGAUUUCAAGCACCAUGAACGCUUUUUUCGGUGCUCCCUUUAAUAGAUGAGGAGAUUAAAAGAAGGAAAGAGAAGCUCCUGGGAUUUGAGAGCAAGAAAACUGAGAGAGGGAGAAGGAAACGUCAGAGAGAGUGGACUACAGAUCAUUUUAGAGCUUCUAUUGGUAAAAGUGAGGUCAAACAUAAGGACGUGUUUUAGCUUUGGUGUACAUCUCUCAGAGUUUGGACUCUUGGCUCCACUGCAGACUCCUUCACAGCUGAGCAGCAAUGCAGCAAAUGUGGCUCUCUCUUCUGUCUGCCCUGUGUCUUCGUCUGGUUCUGCCUGGCGGCGCCGAGGAGGGCCUGGAGUUUCCCAACUUUGACGGGAAGGACAGAGUGCUGGACGUCAACGAGCGCAACUACAAGAAGGCUCUGAAGCGAUAUGACCUGCUGUGUCUGUUCUACCACGAGCCCAUGCCGGCCAACAAAGGCCUGCAGAAGCGGUUCCAGAUGACGGAGCUGGUGCUGGAGCUUACAGCUCAAGUCCUGGAGAACAAAGACAUCGGGUUUGGAAUGGUGGACUCCCAGAAGGACGCCAAAGUCGCGAAAAAGCUGGGUUUGGAGGAGGUGGGCAGCUUAUACGUCUUCAAGGACGACCGUGUCAUCGAGUUUGACGGGGAGCUCUCGGCAGACACUUUGGUGGAGUUUCUGUUAGAUGUGCUGGAGGACCCAGUGGAGAUUAUCAAUAAUGCCAUGGAGCUGCGAGCGUUUGAGAGAAUGGAGGAAGACAUCCGCCUCAUCGGUUACUUCAAAGGAGAGGAUUCAUACUACAAAGCUUUUCAGGAGGCGUCUGAGCGCUUUCAACCGUACAUCAAAUUCUUUGCUACAUUUGACAAAUCUGUAGCCAAACAUCUCUCCUUAAAGAUGAAUGCCAUUAACUUUUAUGAGCCGUUCAUGGAGGAGCCAGCCAUCCUGCCCGGAAGGCCUCUGUCAGAGAUGGACAUUGUUGAAUUUGUUACCCAACACAGAAGGGCGACUCUGAGGAAGCUCCGGGCAGAGAACAUGUUUGAAACGUGGGAGGACGACAUGGAUGGAAUACACAUUGUUGCUUUUGCAGAGGAAGAGGAUCCAGAUGGCUACGAGUUCCUGGAGAUCCUAAAAGAUGUGGCUCGGGACAACACCAACAAUCCUGAGCUUAGCAUCGUCUGGAUCGACCCUGAUGACUUCCCUCUGUUGACCACUUACUGGGAAAAGACCUUCAAGUUGGAUCUGUUCAGACCCCAAAUUGGUGUGGUCAACGUCACCGAUGCCGACAGCGUUUGGCUGGACAUGUCCAACGACGAGGACCUGCCCACGGCGGAGGAACUGGAGGACUGGAUCGAGGACGUUCUCUCUGGGCGGGUGAACACAGAGGACGACGACGAGUAUGCGGACGACCACGAAGACGACCAUUUCGGUAUAGAAGACGAGGAGGAGGGGAAUCGAGACCUGGACGAGGAAGACGACGACGAAUGAUGAGGAGAUUGGAUCACUUCCAAAUGUGUUUGUGUUGAAAAUGUAGCAACUUUGAAGAAAGUCGUUGAUGUAGUUGGUAGUUUUAAGGUAAAUAGAAGGCGAUCUUGUACGAUUGCGGUGUUCCCUCGUGUAUCGUGGAGUACGGUCAUAGGCUUUAAAACCUUUCACGAUAUACUUUAUGCACAGAAACCUUCAUAGAACAAUAAGUCCAGUAUCUGAUCGUGAUCACAGAUGUAUGUACGCAUUCUGUACAAGAGAUUGAUUGACGAGGUCAACAGCCAAUCAGGAUGCAGAAUCCAUAAAAAUUCCAAUGGAACAUUGUAUUUCCUGAAGCCCUCUGAUGCCACCUAGAGGCUAAAAAGUUCAAUCUACUUUGGAAACUCAUUAGUCGAACUUGUCAUAAAGAAUAAAUAAAACUGUAAGCUAAA